AUGAACCGUGAAGACCGGAAUGUGCUGCGCAUGAAAGAAAGGGAAAGGCGGAACCAGGAGAUCCAGCAGGGGGAAGAAGCCUUUCCACCUAACUCUCCUCUCUUUGCUGAGCCCUACAAAGUUACCAGCAAAGAAGACAAAUUGUCUAGUCGUAUUCAGAGCAUGCUUGGUAAUUAUGAUGAGAUGACGGAUCUUAUAGGAGACAGAUCUCUCCAAAAGCUCGUUGCAAUCCCCAAACCGACCGUCCCGUCAGCGCCGGACGAGAAGUCCAACCAAAGUUUCUUUGGUGAUCAGAGGCACAGCAGCAGCUCGCACCAGAGCAGCAAAUGGACUCCUGUAGGACCAGCACCCAGCACUUCCUCCCAGUCCCAGAAGCGGUCCUCGGGCUUGCCGAGCGGGCACGGUGGCCAGCGUGGCAGUGGCAAUAACUCCAGCAGUGGUGGCCAGAGGCACGACCGUGACUUGUACGGCGGCAGCCGCAAAAAGAGCCAGCAUGGAUCCGAGCACUCCAAAGGCCGUUCUUCCAGCCCUGGCAAACCCCCUGCUGUGUCUUCACUGAGCUCCGGCCAUUCCAGGUCUCAUGGAAACGAUCACCACAGCAAAGAACACCAACGUUCCAAAUCUCCCCGGGAUCCUGAUGCCAACUGGGACUCUCCCUCCCGUGUACCCUCGUUUUCAAGUGGACAACACUCUAAUCAGUCUUUCCCACCCUCACUAAUGUCCAAGUCCAGCUCCAUGUUGCAGAAACCCACGGCGUACGUCAGGCCGAUGGACGGGCAGGAGUCCAUGGAACCAAAGCUCUCCUCUGAACACUACAGCAGUCAGACUCACAGCAGCAGCGUGAACGAGCUGAAGCCGAGCAGCAAAGCACAUCUAACCAAGCUGAAAAUACCCUCUCAACCACUGGAUGCAUCAGCAUCUGGUGAUGUGAGCUGUGUGGAUGAAAUUCUAAAAGAGAUGACCCAUUCCUGGCCUCCUCCACUGACUGCUAUCCAUACCCCAUGCAAAACUGAACCCUCAAAAUUUCCUUUUCCAACAAAGGAGUCUCAACAGUCCAGUUUUGGCACUGGAGAACAGAAACGAUACAAUCCUUCAUCAAAACCAUCCAAUGGUCACCAAUCCAAAUCUAUGUUGAAAGAUGACUUAAAACUGAGCAGCAGUGAAGACAGCGAUGGAGAGCAGGACUGCGAUAAGACAGUGCCCAGGAGCACACCUGGAAGUAAUUCUGAACCUUCACAGCAUAACAGUGAAGGAGCAGAUAACUCCAGGGAUGACUCCAGCAGCCACAGUGGAUCUGAAAGCAGUUCAGGAUCUGACUCUGAAAGUGAAAGCAGUUCCAGUGAUAGUGAAGCUAAUGAACCCUCACAGAGUGCGUCCCCCGAGCCAGAGCCACCACCAACAAACAAGUGGCAGCUGGAUAACUGGUUGAACAAAGUUAAUUCCCAUAAAGUGUCACCAGCUUCUUCUGUGGACAGCAAUAUCCCAUCCUCCCAAGGCUACAAAAAAGAGGGCCGGGAUCAGGGGCCAGGGGGUGGGUACACUGACCAGAGUGGAUCCAAGGAUUCCAUUUCUUCCACACCGGGGAGAGAUUCCAAACCCACCCAGAAGGGCUCGGAGAGCAGCCGUGGCAGGCAGAAAUCACCUGCCCAGAGUGACAGCUCAACACAGAGGAGGACUGUAGGUAAAAAGCAGCCCAAGAAAGCAGAGAAAACAUCUGUUGAAGAGCCUAGAGGAGGUCUUAAAAUAGAAAGUGAAACCCCAGUAGACAUGGCGACAAAUAUCCCUUCCAACAGGCAUAAGGCAGCCACAAAAGGCUCCAGGAAACCCAAUAUAAAGAAAGAGCCCAAAUCUUCCCCUCGGCCUACAACGGAGAAGAAGAAAUACAAGGCUUCGAGCAAAACUGCCCAGAAAUCCAGGGAAUUCAUAGAAACAGAUACCUCAUCCUCUGAUUCAGAUGAAAACGAGAGCCUGCCUCCUUCAUCACAAACACCCAAAUACUCUGAGAGCAAUAGGACUCCUGUUAAAUCUUCCAUGGAGGAGGAUGACAGCUUUUUUCGGCAAAGAAUGUUCUCUCCUAUGGAAGAGAAAGAGCUUCUUUCACCACUCAGUGAUCCUGAUGAAAGGUACCCACUUAUUGUGAAGAUUGACCUGAGCCUCUUAUCAAGAAUACCAGGGAAGCCUUAUAAGGAUGCUGAUGCACCCAAAGUGGAAAAGAAAACCGUGCCUGAGAAGCACACGAGAGAAUCCCAGAAGCAGCCGUCUGACAAGAGUUCAACAAAAGGCAAAAGGAAACACAAGAAUGAGGAUGAAAACAGAGCCAGUGAAAGCAAGAAAACGAAACUGGAAGAAAAAGCUCCAUCAGGACACAAGGCUUCUAGCAGUAGGGAGUCUUCAAAGCCAAAUGCUGCUAAAGAGAAGGAUUUACUGCCAUCUCCUGCUGCCCCAGCCCUGCAGAAAGAUUCCAAGCAAGAACAUGGCUCCCGGAAGAGGACGGUCAGUCAGUCGUCGUCCUUAAAGUCCAGCAGCAACCCUAGCAAGGAGAGCAGCAGUAAAAGCAGCUCAUCUUCUAAACAAAAGAAGACAGAGGGGAAGAGUUCUAGCAGUGCUAAAGAAGCCAAGGAGAAGAAUCUGAACAACUCAUCAAGCUGCCCUCCUGCAUCUGCUCCGUCGGCAGAGAGCUCCAAGUCAAGAAGAGCAAAGCUCGUUUUUGAUGACAGGACUUACUCAGCUGAUCAUUAUUUGCAAGAAGCCAAGAAGUUAAAACAUAAUGCAGAUGCACUGUCUGACAGGUUUGAGAAGGCUGUGUACUACCUAGAUGCUGUGGUGUCCUUCAUUGAGUGUGGGAAUGCAUUGGAGAAAAACGCUCAGGAAUCCAAGUCCCCGUUCCCUAUGUAUUCAGAAACUGUGGAAUUAAUCAAAUACACUAUGAAACUGAAGAAUUACUUGGCACCAGAUGCUACAGCUGCAGAUAAACGGCUAGCAGUGCUUUGUCUUCGGUGCCAAUCUCUGCUAUACCUAAGGCUGUUCAAACUGAAAAAGGAAAGUGCAUUGAAAUAUUCUAAAACUCUGACUGAACAUCUGAAGAAUUCCUACAAUAAUUCUCAAGCCCCGUCGCCUGGCAUGGGAAGCAAGCCUGUGGGUAUGCCAUCUCCAGUCUCUCCAAAGCUGUCUCCAGGGAAUUCAGGAAAUUACUCCUCUGGGGCAGCCAACCCUUCAGGGAGCGGGUCUUCGGUGACGAUCCCCCAGAGGAUCCAUCAGAUGGCAGCCAGCUACGUCCAAGUUACAUCCAACUUCCUCUAUGCCACUGAAAUUUGGGACCAAGCCGAACAGCUGUCUAAAGAACAGAAAGAGUUCUUUGCUGAACUGGAUAAAGUUAUGGGCCCUCUGGUUUUUAACUCAAGCCUCAUGACCGAGCUGGUGCGUUACACCCGCCAGGGGCUGCACUGGCUGCGCCUGGACGCCAAGUGACACUGGGGCUGAAGGAAUGGAAAGAUCCAACCCCUGCUCCUCGCUGCCUCUGAUUCCUCUCCACAACACUGUGUCAUGUCCAAAGGAAGACUGCCAUAACACAUUGCUUAGUCGACACUAAGAGCAAGGAAUGCUUUCACCUCUCCCAUCCUCAUUUGUGGUUUUGUUUUGGUUUCUUUUUUAGCGUUUUAACCCCGAAUCAUCUGGUCAAUGGACUCCUUCAGUAUUCCCCUUUUAAGUUAUUUAAAUAUUUUAAAAUUCGCUGCAGAGAAAGGUAGUUUUUGCUGAUCUGUCCUGGAUGGAUCAUUG